AUGGAUAAUAGUAGAGGUGGGCAUGUUUCUUAUAAGUUUCAUGAGGUUAAUCUGGACUCCCUUCACAAGAUGGUUGAGAGGUCCCCUACUGAAAAGUUGGAAGUUUUCAAAAGAGACUAUGGGAAGAUUGUAGAGUACCUCAAAGCUCCUCUCAACAAAUAUCAACAUAAUGCACUUCAUACUUUGCUGCAGUUCUAUAAUCCUCCCUUGCGAUGCUUCACUUUCCUAGACUAUCAGUUGGCACCAACCUUGGAAGAAUAUUCAUGUAUUAUGGGAAUUCCCAUCAAGCUUCAAGUUCUUUUUCAUGUGUAUGUGGAGGUUCUUGAUUAUGAACAGACUUUGGGUGCUUUGGCUAACGAAGAUAAUUGGAAGGUUUUCAAUGUUGUUUUGGCUUGCAGUAUAUAUGGUAUUGUCUUGUUUCCCAACAUGGUUGAUUUUAUAGAUAUGAACGUCAUAUGUAUCUUCAUGAUGGAGGAUGUAUAUCAUUAUAUUCAUUCCAGAAAUCACAAGAGGAGAGGUGGCUUAGUGUGGUGUUGUGCUCCUCUUUUGUAUCAUUGGUUCCGAAGUCACCUUCCGUGCAAAGGAGCAUUCAUGGAUAACAAGGAAACCCUUGAGUUGUCCAAGAGAUUAAUGAGGCUUACUUCCAAAGAUUUUAGGUGGUAUAAUUUGAGAUUGGAUACGAUGGAGAAAUCUGAAGUGAUUGUGAGUUGUGGAGAUUUUACUAAUGUCCCCCUCAUGGGCAUUAGGGGAGGCAUAAACUACAAUUACGUGCUUUCUUAG